AUGAUUUUUGUCCUCAUUGGGAUCAUCAUGAUCGUCGGUCGAGCAGCGGCCUACAUGCAUCCAGAGAAGAUUCCGAAAAAGAAACACAUCAAACUGUUACUGGACCGAACCGAAGAUUUAACUUCCAUGACGAGUAAAGCGGGCAAGGACACGGAGGAGAUACAACCAAAUGCCUAUAUGCAUCAGUUCCUGAACAAACAAGGUAUCGAGCCUUAUGGGUUGACCGCGAUAGGUCGUUAA